AUGAACCAAAUGCAGGCCCGGGUAGAUCUGGACUGCUCUGAGAGAAAGGUCUUCGCAUGCCUUCCUUCUAAACACCGCACUGUGUGUUUACUGCAGCCAGUAAUCGAAGAAAUCCAGCUCCGUGGUGUCUUCCUCGAAGAAGAAAUCCUUCUGCAUCAACUUGACGAGCACUACAUUGCUGGUCCGGACGACCGCGACCGCCACCCGUGCCGAUGGAUGACUGUAUGCUCACUCCUUGGAAUAUCUACGCUCCACAGGACAGAUAACAGAUCUCUCACCGCAAUUUCACCUAUCGCAUGGGCAUUCUUUAAGAACGCAUUCGCGAUGUACGCCGAGCUCGUAGCUCGAGGACCUGCGAUAUCCUCUUGCGAAGCACUACUGGUCAUGGCCUUGUUCAUGCUACGCACAGCCGACGCCGGCCUCGCUGCACAGCUGACAGCGGCUGCAGCCCACAUGGCCCAUAUGCUUGGUCUGCAAAAGCAGGAAUACUAUGUUGGUCUCGAUGCCGAAGUAGCAGAAAGACACAAACGGAUUCUUUGGGCGGUGUACAUUUUGAACGCUGAUGUGACGCACAGAUACGGUAUACCCUCACCGCUAGAUGAAGAGAGUAUUGUCAUUGAACUCCCCGAAGUCGAGCACUGUCAUGUUUUCAGCCCUGGUGAUCACACGGCACGCCUUGCAAGGCAACAUCGGGGCGGCAUUCUUCGACAACAAGCAUUUUUUGCCGUUACACAGUUGCGGAUACACAAGCUGCUCGAACGAGUUUCCUCCAGGCGACUGUCCAUGCAGGAGAGCACUGAUCUGCUAGAAGCUGUCACAAAGAUCCACCAAGAGCUUGAGGAAUGGAAAUGUUUCUUGCCUACAGAAACCCAACCUAGUUCCAGAUUGUACGGGACUCCACGCCUCGAGAUGUCUGUCGCUAUAUUGCACUACACUUACCUCAGUUGCAUUAGCAAGAUCAGUAUGACAGCGGCGGUCUUAUUGGAUCUGACAACAUUGAAUCCGGAUAUGCAAGAAGUACAGUCUUCCAUAUCAAACAAAAUCUUUGCUACCAGCAGGAUGGCUAGAGCUAGGUGCGCGAUGGCAGCCCGUGGAACACUUGAUGUGCUGCUCCGCUUGAAACCCCAACCCUUCACACACCUCUGGCAAACGCUGUGCUUCCCACUCUCCGCAAUCCUCGUUUUACUGUCGGAAACCCUUGCAUAUCCAGCAUCGGCCCACGCUGAAACCGAUGUCGAACUCAUUCACGACUUCGUCCAAUAUUUAGAGCGGCUGAAAUCAGAGGGAUGCGAAGUACACCGGCUUCUCGACGGCUGUAGAAGAAUCUGGAGUAUUGCAACUUGUGCGCUAAUCGCUUCACAAACUGACCAAAAGGUGACGGUUUUUGAACAAACAAGAGAGUCAAUAUGUUCAAAGUUCGCGCAAGUCGUAGACUGGCUACAGCUUGCAGAAGGACUAUUAAGCAAUGUGCCAAUGCUGACUAGCAAGGCGCGUAAAUUCUUUUGUGACAUUCUCGAACUGGGCGAACUGGACGAAAAUUACGGCGACUUUGCCCCAAAAAUUCUGAAAUCUAGCAACUAUGGUUUUUCGUUCAGUAAUUGA